GCAACAACAACAAGAACAGCGCCAGUAGCAGCAUCACAUAUUUUUGGAUUUAUGAAAUCAAAAAGAUGAAGUCCAACACUUACGAGCUGCACAACUACGCGGAUCUGAGCUUGUCCAUGCCCACGACUGCAAUGACGACCCCGGAAACGCUACUCAAGGAGUCGGGGCACAAGCGCAAGGCCAACAACACAUCCAACGGUCGGCGCAAUGAGAAGUACUCGUUGCGUCAGAAGCGACGUAAUCCAGCGUCGCGUAAUCCCAACGAGGCAAUGCCCCAAGCUGCUGAUCUGCCCACGCUAGCUGCUCCCACCAUGGCCACAGCGAGCUCAGUGGCAAUGGCACAGACGACAGUCACGACGGCGAAAACGACGACGAAUUCGCGCAACAAAUCCACGCCCAAGGCCAAAACGAAAGCGGCACCACUCAGCAAAUACCGUCGCAAGACGGCGAAUGCACGUGAACGAACACGCAUGCGCGAAAUAAACACGGCUUUCGAGCAUUUGCGCCACUGUGUGCCGCAGGCGAUCACAGGCGACGAUCCCGCCAGUGCCAACGAGAAGCUCACGAAGAUUACAACGCUCCGACUGGCCAUGAAGUAUAUACGCAUGCUGAAUGCGUCGCUGGAGAAUCCCAGCUAUGAGAGCGACUUCAUUGUGGAGUGUUUGAAGGAGAGUGCCACAAGGGAGCCUCACGUACCCACCGAGCCAGAAGUCGAACCCGUCCCCGUGAAGACAAAGAAGCCACCCAAGAGCAGUAGCACGAAAAAGACGGCUGCGAAACGUCAGGCCAAACAGCCGAAGACGCAGACGCUACGGUCCCCUGAAUCCUGUUACGCCAGCUCCUCCAUAGGCUCGCCCGUGUCCUGCACCGCUGCCUGCUCGCCCAGCUCGGCGUAUGCCUCGCUCUCCUCCUCAAACUCCACCAGCAGCGAUCAUGGCUGUCCAGCGGUCGAUGCUGACAGCAUUUUAGGGGGCAUGCAUGAGCUUUCCGAAUUGAACUCGCUCCUGCUCGAAUCGGAUGGCGAAUCGCUGCCCUGCCUCAGCCCCAAUUACCAUAGUCUGCUCGAAACAACCACCGCCACAGCACAUCCGACUCUGCUACCCUCUCGCGGGGACAUGCCCAUAUCCGUGAGCUCCCUAGACAAGGCAGAUGUGGAGCUGAGCUUACGUCUGUUGGACUCCUCGGCCGAUUCGUUUGAUUUUGGAAGCGAUCAGCAGCCAUCCGCCUGCAUUAGCCCGCUCGCUGCCUUGGACAAUUUCAGUCCAUUCAGCGAUUUGCUGCAAACAGGUUUCCCGGAAGCUAGCUCAUUGGACCUAUUUCUCACGUGACCGCGUCGCAUUGCCUUUCCCUACUACUUAUAUUUAUUGUUAUUGAAAUAUACAUAUAUAAAUAAAUUUAGGAUUAUAUUUAUGUACUUCUUGAGCUUAAGAGUA